AUGUAAAACAAUUACGACCAACUUUUAGAGGAAACCAAAACUAAAAUUCUUUCUAUAGUUGAAUUGAAACCAGAAAAUUAAUGGACUUUAGAUACCAAUAAGGAUGGCUAUGCAAUCUAUACCAGGAACAAUCCUGAAAAUGGUCUGAAGAUCAAUAGGACAGAAACAAACGCUGUUGUAGAUCCAGAGGAGUUUGUCAAUUUUGUAGUUGACAUGACCAGAAAAAAGGAGUACGAUACUAAUUUUUUAGAAGGAAAAUUGAUAGAUAAAUUGGAUUAAAACACAUUCAUCUUUUAUGCAAGGGGAAAACCUCCUACCUUUUUCAUUGAUGCCAGAGAUUUCUGUUUGUUGAGUAGAGUAUAUAAAUUGGGUGACGAUCAUUUUAUGACAAUUACAAAAUCAAUUGAGCAUCCUCAAGUACCACCAGUCAAAGGAGUUCAAAGAGGGGAGAUCGUAUUUUCAGCAUGGAUUGUUAAAAAAUAACCUAAUGGACAAACAAAUAUCAUCAUUAUUGGCAACAUGAAUCCAAAAGGAGACAUUCCUAAGGCCAUAAUUAAUUAGGGUGCCAAAUUCCAAGCAGAAGGAGUUAAGAAAGCUGUUGAAUAUUUGACAAAGAAAAAAAAAAAUUGAUUUAUAUCUAAUAAAAUUAGUAAUCAAUAUUAUA